AUGGUGAACUUCACGGUCGACGAGGUCCGGGCCCUCAUGGACAAGCCCACCAAUGUCCGAAACAUGUCCGUCAUUGCCCACGUCGACCACGGCAAGUCGACUCUGACUGACUCCCUGCUGUCCAAGGCCGGUAUUAUCUCCUCCGCCAAGGCUGGUGAGGCUCGUGCCACCGAUACUCGUGCCGAUGAGCAGGAGCGUGGUAUCACCAUCAAGUCCACUGCUAUCUCUCUGUACGGUCAUCUUGAUGACCCCGAGGAUAUCAAGGAUAUCGUUGGCCAGAAGACCGAUGGUCAGGACUUCUUGAUCAACCUGAUUGACUCCCCCGGUCACGUUGAUUUCUCCUCUGAGGUUACUGCUGCUCUCCGUGUCACUGACGGUGCCCUCGUCGUCGUCGACACUGUCGAAGGUGUGUGCGUUCAGACCGAGACUGUGCUCCGUCAGGCCCUUGGUGAGCGUAUCAAGCCCGUUAUCAUCAUCAACAAGGUCGACCGUGCUCUUCUCGAGCUUCAGGUCUCCAAGGAGGAUCUUUACCAGUCCUUCUCCCGUACCAUCGAGUCCGUUAACGUCAUCAUCUCCACCUACUUUGACAAGACUCUCGGUGAUGUCCAGGUCUACCCUUACAAGGGUACCGUUGCCUUCGGUUCCGGUCUCCACGGCUGGGCCUUCACUAUCCGCCAGUUCGCUGUCCGCUACGCCAAGAAGUUCGGUGUUGACAAGAACAAGAUGAUGGAGCGUCUCUGGGGCGACAACUACUUCAACCCCCACACCAAGAAGUGGUCCAAGUCUGGUACCCACGAGGGCAAGCAACUUGAGCGUGCUUUCAACCAGUUCAUCCUGGACCCCAUCUUCAAGAUCUUCUCCGCCGUCAUGAACUUCAAGAACGACGAGAUCACCACUCUUCUGGACAAGCUCCAGCUCAAGAUCUCUGCUGACGACCGCCAGAAGGAGGGCAAGCAGCUGCUAAAGGUUGUCAUGCGCACUUUCCUCCCCGCUGCCGACGCCCUUCUGGAGAUGAUGAUCCUCCACCUUCCUUCUCCCGUCACUGCCCAGAAGUACCGUGCUGAGACUCUGUACGAGGGUCCUCUUGACGACGAGGCCGCCAUUGGUAUCCGUGACUGCAACCCCAAGGGUCCCCUCAUGCUUUACGUCUCCAAGAUGGUGCCCACUUCCGAUAAGGGUCGAUUCUACGCCUUCGGUCGUGUCUUCUCCGGUACCGUCCGCUCCGGUCUCAAGGUCCGCAUCCAGGGUCCCAACUACACCCCUGGCAAGAAGGAUGAUCUCUUCAUCAAGGCUAUUCAGCGUACCGUCCUGAUGAUGGGUGGCAAGGUCGACCCCAUUGACGACAUGCCAGCCGGAAACAUUGUCGGUCUCGUCGGUAUCGACCAGUUCCUGCUCAAGUCUGGUACUCUUACCACCUCUGAGACUGCCCACAACCUCAAGGUCAUGAAGUUCUCCGUCUCCCCCGUCGUGCAGCGCUCCGUCCAGGUCAAGAACGCCCAGGAUCUCCCUAAGCUGGUCGAAGGUCUCAAGCGUCUCUCCAAGUCGGACCCUUGCGUCCUUACCUACACCUCCGAGUCCGGUGAGCACGUCGUUGCUGGUGCCGGUGAGCUGCAUCUCGAGAUUUGCUUGAAGGAUCUUGAGGAAGACCACGCCGGUAUCCCUCUGAUCAUCUCCGACCCCGUCGUCCAGUACCGUGAAACUGUCCAGGGCAAGUCGAGCAUUACUGCUCUUUCCAAGUCCCCCAACAAGCACAACCGUCUGUACAUGGUUGCUGAGCCUAUUGAGGAGGAACUCUCUCUUGCUAUCGAGGCUGGCAAGGUUUCCGCCCGUGACGAUUUCAAGGCCCGUGCCCGUGUCCUCGCUGACGACUUCGGCUGGGAUGUCACUGACGCCCGUAAGAUCUGGACCUUCGGUCCUGAUGGCACUGGCGCCAACUUGCUGGUUGACCAGACCAAGGCCGUCCAGUACCUCAACGAAAUCAAGGAUUCCGUUGUCUCCGGUUUCCAGUGGGCUACCCGCGAAGGUCCCGUUGCUGAGGAGCCCAUGCGCUCUGCCCGCUUCAACAUCCUUGAUGUGACCCUGCACGCUGAUGCUAUCCACCGUGGUGGUGGCCAGAUCAUCCCCACUGCUCGUCGUGUCCUGUACGCCGCUGCCCUUCUGGCCGAGCCCGCUCUGCUCGAGCCCGUUUACCUGGUCGAGAUUCAGGUGCCCGAGAACGCCAUGGGUGGUGUUUACGGUGUCCUUACCCGCAGACGUGGUCACGUCUUCAACGAGGAGCAGCGCCCUGGUACUCCCCUCUUCAACAUCAAGGCUUACCUCCCCGUCCUGGAGUCCUUCGGCUUCAACGGAGAUCUCCGUGCCGCCACCUCCGGCCAGGCCUUCCCCCAGUCCGUGUUCGACCACUGGCAGGUUCUGCCCGGUGGCUCUCCUCUCGACUCCAGCUCGAAGGUCGGAGCUAUUGUCACUGAGAUGCGUAAGCGCAAGGGUAUCAAGGCUGAGGUGCCCGGUGUUGAGAACUACUACGACAAGCUGUAA